AUGACGCCAUCUAGCGACGACCAGAAUAUUGUUAACUCGCUGAGUGAGAUUCGACACGCACAGUCCCAGCUAGCUGCUGCUGUUGAUACGCUCACGGCGGCCAUUGACAUGCCGCAACCACCUGGCUCGACUUCAAUGCCAGCAGUACUUAAUCGAGACCCGAGCCUGGGCCAGAAUGACCCAGGCGAGACAGGAUUGGAGCCGCAGAACUCUUCGUUGCUGGCCCAAAAGUCGGGCUUCACAUCUCGCAUCGUGCUCACCGGCGGCUCGUACUCGGUAUACUACGCACUAGCGGUCGCCAGCAGGGAGCUCAAUACAGACCACAGACCUGAUUUCACCAAUACCGAACCUGCCGCCAAUAUCGGACCAUUUGCUCAAUGGGGCGAUAAGAAGAAGAUUGUAGCCAUGGAUCCCUGGGGCCAUCUAACGCCGUGGCAGUAUAAGGACAUAAUGGAGAAAGAAAACAUUGACUUACGACCUACCAUUGCCAUCACGAAAGCGCAUAUGAAGCUUCCGGAGUUGGAAGAAAGCGUGCGAUUGGGCAGACUUGUCCCCGACGGAAAAGUCUGCUUGAACAAGCAGGGAGAAUUGGCUGUCACGAAAUUUGCAGUAGAACCGCUAUCCGGAGGCAAGUAUGCAGGCUCCCAUGGCGCAUCACAGCAAACUCACAGCAUUCAGUUGAUCACCCGUGGCGAUAUCAAGGUGUUUCUGCCGCCAAUAGAUAAAGGGGGCCUCACUGUUUACUGUUUCGGCGAUCCAAGCAAGAUGUCAGAUGACUCUGUCCGUCUGUCGCUACGAAUUCACGACGAAUGUAAUGGAAGUGACGUCUUCGGAUCAGACAUCUGUACCUGCCGGCCAUAUCUUAUUUUUGGCAUAGAAGAGGCCGUGAAGGAAGCCCAGAAUGGGGGCAGUGGCGUCGUUAUCUAUUUCAGAAAAGAAGGAAGAGCACUUGGCGAAGUGACAAAGUAUUGUAAGGCAAAGAGACAGCGAUUGGUCUAUAAUGCCCGUAAGCGUGGAGCUGACCGAGCCUCGGACUAUUUCACACGAACAGAGAACAUUGCUGGAGUAAAGGACAUGAGGUUUCAGGCUCUUAUGCCGGACAUUCUCCACUGGCUAGGCGUCAAGAAAAUCGACCGCAUGCUGAGCAUGAGCAACAUGAAGCACGAUGCCAUCGUUGACCAAGGAAUUCCCAUCCACGAGAGAGUCGAGCUACCCGAAGAACUUAUCCCUGCAGACUCGCGUGUAGAGAUCGAUGCCAAAAUUACAGCGGGAUACUUUACUGCCGGAAAACGUUUGACGUCGGAGGAGCUCCAGUCUGUUCAAGGCAGGAUGUGGGAAGAAUUUAUGCCGCCUCAUGCGCUCGUGGAGACAAACAUGGACCUACGGCAUUCCAUCUCUUCAAGUUAG